UUUUCAAGAAAUUUAUUUCUGAAAAAAAAAUUAGAGAAUCGAUAUAUAUAAGCCAUCUGAAUGUCUCUAUAUGCUUAUACGGUUUAGGGUUUUGCUGCUUGCAUUCCCUCAAAUGAGAGAGAGAACGUGGAAGAACUUGCUCUUCUCGUUCCUCCUAUUACACAUGCUCAAUUCCCACAGCGUGGCGAAGAGGGAGGCGGUGAUGAAAUCGGAGGCCGUGGUUCCGAUAACGUCGAGGUCGCCGCCGGAGGGAAACGCGACGUUCUUGGAGGGGACGACGUGGUGCGUGGCAAGGCCUGGUUCGUCGCAGAUGGAUCUACAGAGGGCGCUCGAUUGGGCGUGUGGAACUGGAAUGGCUGAUUGUUCCGCCAUUGAAGAAGGUGGAGAUUGUUACGAGCCUAACACACUCGUCUCUCACGCCUCUUUCGCCUUUAACUCUUAUUACCAGACCAAUGGCAACAAUCUCAUCUCUUGUCAUUUCGGUGGAACUGCUGCCCUUACCAAGAUCAAUCCCAGCUACGGAAAAUGCUCGUAUGAUGCAUCCAAGUCCGUCGUUUCUGCUGCAAAACCUCUGUUGAAAUACAAAGCAAGGUGGCUUCUAGAAGAAAUCUUUCUUGUGUUUAUGCUGCUUUUGUAUUGGAGAAGCUGAUACGAUGUACGUAUGUAUCAGUACGCGUAUACGUAUAUACGUAAUAUGUAAGCUUCAUCGGGAAACCAGACCGCCGUCACGAAUACUUUUGGUCGGAAUCUUUGAUUUCCCGGGAAGAGAGAGUUAAAAAUUAAGACUUUGCAAAGAGUUUUGUACUGUAGUGAAUGUCACUUGUCUCUACAGUGUGUUUAAGCCUCUGUUUUCGUUUUAUAUCUUUGUUAUAUUUCAUCAUAUUA